CGCUCGCGUCAGUCGCACGCUGGAGUUUGUUGCGGUAGGACGUAUUGGAUUUAACGCUCGGUGUCGGACAGCUGUUGGGAUGACUCUGUGAUGACGCUGGUGCUGUCGCCCAUGUUCCACGAGGCGGCCAUGCCGUGUAGUGAAGGGGAUGUUUUGGACCUGGAAUCUGCCCUCCUCGGAGCCGAUUGGUUAGAUGUGGCACAAAACUUCGCCACGAACAACGACCUGAAACGUAAAGCGGAAGAUGAACCGGCUGACGUUCCCCGCGAAGCGAAGCGCCCUUCUCCGUGCCCCGAAGAAGUUCCUCGGCGCAAGGGUCCAACAUUGUGGAGUCCGCGGUUACGCUGGAAGGACGAAAGGAGGAGGGUGCUCAAGAUCUCCAUGUCCAAGAUGAAACGCAUCGAGGACCCCGAACUCUUCCUCCGUCGCUCUGUGCUUGUGAAUAAUACCGUGAAGAAACUGCAGCGUGAAAUUCGGGACGAACGCCAAAGACCAGCGGACGAUUUCAUCGGCGAGGAUGUGCCGCCCAGGAGAUCUCCUUGCGGCCAGCAGUACUCUGCUUCUGUUCUGGACUCUGUUGUGUAUCAUAGUCUCUUGGCUUCCCUGGAAUCGUGAGCCAGAACGUGUACAAUGCUUCGGAGGAGAACUGGCCUUUGAAAGUGGUGCGAAACGUCUUUUUCAGAUGCUACAAGUUGCAUCGCAGGACUGUGGUAGUCUUCAUCCCCAUUAUGGUCUUAGAUUCAUGCCAUUGAAGUGACCUCGAGGGCCUUCAGGAUGUACAGCUACGACUAAUUCGGUCCUGUACUGCGCCUGGCUACUUCUUCCAUUCGUGACUCGGACUCGCCAAGCGCAAAGACUAUUAUGUUUCCUGGUAUACUUCUUGACAUCGUAGACGUGCCUAUAAAUGAGACGCGUGGAAUUUUUAUGGGCGUGUCCUUGUGGGAGUUUUCAGGCAUGUUCCCAAAAUGCAUUUGUUCUGGUUAUUUAAAGACAAGAUAGUCAUGAAAGUGGCAUUGUUCGUUAGUCGAGUUCGGGGAGUGUGUGAUUGCUUCAUCGUUGAUAUUCGUACGGCGUAGAAGACUCUGUGCUAUGGUGCUUAUAAAGGAAAUUAGGGGAGAACGUCUCCUCUGCUAGCAAUGGGACAAGAGUGGGGUGCCAAUUCCUCUUGUCGUCUGCGUUCAAAACGAAUAUCGACACAACUUUGGUGGAACUCUCACGACAGACACAAUCUUGAUGGCUAAGAGCUAUAGGGUCCCCCACUGUAUCGGGCGACUUGCCUACUGGGCUCGAAGACCACCGCCGUCCUUAAGCUUAAAGGACGACGGAAACGAAAAUAGGCUGCAAAGCUAUUUGCCUCAUAUUGCGAUGUGUACCAAAACAAUCCGGAAUUCGACUUAGAUUUGCAUAUAUUAGUUGAAAUGCCGCCACAAUCGCGAUAUAAAAUUCGGCCGUGGAGCACUCUGAGCCCCUGGUGAGCGUCGCCGCGCCGCCGUAGCAGACCACGGAAGUGACGCACGUUGGCUCUCCUGUUGGAGUUCCUGACUUUCAUUUCGCUUCAUUUCAUUUGGUGUUUCGGCGUACGUCUCAUUUACGACGCACGACAUAAUAUUUACACCUUGUUCGGUCCCCUUUUUGCAAUGGACAAAUUUCGUUUCCGUUGUCCUUUAAAGAACCAUAAUAUAAAGCUACGAUGUUAAAAUACCGCGUCGUUCGUUAUUGUGUUAUCGCUACUUGACGCGUGAAGCACCUUGACAUAUCUUGGAACGCCUGACGAGUUCCGCCACGAAGGAGAAGUAACCAGGCAGUCCUUGUAGCCAUGUGAGACCGAGUUCCGCGCCCUACGUGCAGAAUAGACGCCUGUGAUGGGUUUCGCUGGGGACCCAGCACGACAAUGAGCGUCGCCGCCUCAAUGCAUGCACUGUGGGUUGAAAUUGGGCUAUGGCAAAUAGCAGGUGUAUGCCGCGUGAAUGUGUACAGUGAGAGAAAGCUGUUGAAGUGUCUUCGCAAUGUCUUCGCGUCCUCUUGUGUAGAAGGCACUCUUCUUGUACAAACUUGACUCAGAGCGAUGUGACCAGUUAUUGGUGAUUAAAGUAUGAUGCAAUUAAAAGAAAAUGACUUUGU